AUGAACGUUAGUACUAGUGCUUUAGGAGUAAGAAGGAGGAAAGUUGCUACACAAAAUAUUGACGAUGAAGAGAAUGCUGCGGUGUUGAAAUUAGGACCAGAAUUUCAACUAACUCAGAUAACAAAUACUGGGGAAGAGCAACAGUUGAUAGCGCUCAAUUUAUCCGAAACCAGGUUGUUAAUCAGAGCAGCAUUGAAAGAACGAAAGAGAAAUCAAAAACCAAAAAGUCGUGCCAAUCAACUGUCUCAAUUGGGCUCUGACGAACCAAUGGAUUCAGAUGAGGAUGAGGAUGAGGAUUUGAACAAUACCAAAGAGGACGAGAUUUCUAAUAUGGAAUUAGCAGGACCCAACCUGAACGAAGUUAUACACAAGACAUUAAACUAUUUAACCAAUUUUGCAAGAUUCAAGAACAGACUGAGUUGUGAAACGGUUGAGAAGUUACUCAAUGAUUUCAAUGAGCAUUGCAAGGAGUACUUGCAUCCUUUUGAAAUUGCACAAUUGGGAACGUUAGAAUGUGAGGAUGCUGAAGAGGCAAAAAGUUUGAUACCGAGCUUACAGAACAAAGUGUCCGAUGUUCAGUUGCAAAGUUUGUUGACGGAAUUGAGAAAGUAUCAAACUUUGUCAUAA